UAGAGAAAAAAAGUCGAAAAAUCCCAAGGAUAAAAUCAAGUUCGAGGACUCGUGAUCGCAUCAAUCGCCGGAUAAGUCACGUCCUUGCAUGUGUUCAGCGAAAGAAAGUGCGUAAAACGCCAAAGUUGAUAGACAUUUUGCGUUAAAAAAAAAUCCAAUGAGAAGAUUCGUCGAACAAAAGUCUUCACUCACUAAUGCGGCGAUCUACUAAUGUUCAAUAAUUCGUUUGAUGUCACCACAAUGCAAAGUUUGGAAACGACAUGCCCGGAAAAUGAUUAUUUAUUAAAUGAUGCUUACUGCAAACUCCGAAACUCACCCACGACAGCAAAUAACGCCGCCACGACGCUCCUGCUGGACCACCAUCAGCAACAAUCACCACAAACAACAGCACAGUAUCCAAACUUACCUCCUAGUCCAAUCCUUAGUCAUAACAACCAUUUGAAUCAUCAUCAGCAGCAGCACCAGCAUCAGUCGUCGAGCAAGGCGAAUCACGUCUACAACAGCGGCAGUGGCGUAAAGCGACGCGUGCUCGAUGGGGGAGGCGGCGGGGGCGGCGUCGUCGGAAGUGGAUCUCCGGCAAAAAAAUCAAAAUCGUUACAUCACCAGCAGCAGCAGCAGCAACAACAAAUACCGAACAACGCAAAUAACAGUCAUGAAUAUCAUCACCACCAACACCAUUCAACGUCCAAUUUUGUAUCAUCCUCCACUUCCGCAUCCACAGCUGCUUCCCUCGCGUCUUCUUCAGCCACUUCUGUGUCGCAGGCAGCUUCGAUUCAUGACAAGCUUAGGGAAUUGUACGUUGAAUUAUUAGCCGAAGAUAACAGUGAAGCUAAUAAGUUAAAUUUAAAAAAUACAUCAUUUUUGCUAGAAAAAUUAGUUUUAAGGGAUAAUCUAAAUACACUAAUAAUUAACUUGUAUCCGGGUAACAAAGGAUAUUCAGUAGCAUUUAGGAAUGAAAAUGAAUUAAGUAAUCAACAGGAAUCAGCAAGUAGUCGAGUUAACACGACAAAAUAUGGUGCCUCAGCGUCAUCAGGAAUUACGACGAAUCAGCAGCAAUCGGGCAUAAAUGGCGGUUCCUCGGAUUUGAGUAACGAAGAUCUGCAGGAAACCAUCCAAUGGCCUUACGAAGAAGACGACUUACUGGAGUGUCUGGACAACGAAGAGUUGCCGCUCAUUCUCGUCGACAUUUUGCGCGACCGUUAUCCCAGUCUCUUCUAUGCCGGCUGCGUAAUUGCCGAAGUGCGGGACUACAGGCAGUCCUUUCCCAUCACCACCUGUGAUACAUACCACGUGUUGUUACGGCCCACCAACCAAACGAUUCUGGCAGACGUGACGUCGCUCACGCACGACGGCGACUGGAGUGCCGACGAACGUCUCGCGCUCGAAAGUCAGUUAGUGCUAGCGACAUCGGAGCCCCUUUGUCUGGAUCCCGAUCCGGAAAUUGGCGUAUACGCCAUCAAUCAGCAGUUUCGACGACAAAUUUUUAAUACGGCACCCAUUCGACGACAAGCGAAAAAGUUUAGUCAGGUCUCGAUCAAUCGCAAACGGAAAUUGGACCAAUUUACGCAUAAUUUCGGUCUGGAGUUGUCGGAUUUCAUGACGCGAUAUCGCAUGCGACCGCGUCAGUAUCAAACGAACAAGAGCGGCAAUUAUUUUACGUUACCCAAGAAGCCGGUCGAUGUGAUUCAGCCGUUGAAGGUGCGAAAUAUCGACUUGCCAGACACACUGACGCCCCCCUCGAGCGUCGAUGUCAUGAGAUUCGCACGUCCCGUGAACAUGCCCGGGCAUAAUAACAAUUCGGAGCCGCAACUCGUGGAAACUCACAUUUUGGAGACAGAUCGUGGCGGAGGACGAGUGUAUCACAUAAAACUAUCGAUUUUUCAACGACCUUCGACGCUGGAGUUCCUCGGAGAGCUUUACGUCGACCGAGAUUAUCGGGAAGGCGAGCGGAAUGGUGAAUCCUGUUCGUUCACGCUCGGCUCUCGAGACCAUGCCAAUCGCUAUAUCAAGCAAUUUACGGAGAUUUUCACGGAAGAAGGCCGCAAAUCCGUCAAAAUCACAGAAAUUUUCAAAGGACAACCGCCAAAAGUCUCGUUUACACCUGGAAUGCGAGAUCAUCGAAUCCAGCAGCAACAAAGACAACAACAACAACAAAGUCAGCAGCAGCAGUUGCAAUCUCAGCAAAUUCAGCAGCAAACUCAGCAACAGCAAAUCCAAGUCGUUCAAGCGCAAAUCGCGCAAUCGCCCACGCAAGUCCCGCAACAGCAGCAGCAGCAACAACAGCAAUCACAACAAAUUCAUAUUCCGCGACUUCCACCGACAAUUUUGACGACGGGCAACGUGAAUGCCACCAAUCCAAAUAGCUUGCCGGGCAAUCAGCAACAACAGCAGCAGCAAAUUAUUACCGCUGCUGGCCCAUCAACGACAAACGUCAUCAACAUAAGCAAUUUAACGCAAUCGCAAUUGCAGCAGUUGCAGCCACAGUUGUUCGCCAACGCAGCACAAAAUGCCGAGAAUGGCGGGCAACAAACGGUGCAGAUAACGGCAAAUGCUGCGCAACAAUUUGUACAAAAUGCUCAAAUGACGGGACAGCAAAUAAAUAUCGGGAAUGGAUCCGUUUUGUUGUUGCAACAAAGUCCCGGAGGGAAUAUUACGAUGGCAACGAAUGCUCAACAUGCGGCGAGUGUCAUGCAACAGGCACGUCAAGCUGGCAAUUUGGGGACUUCGGUGCCGAUUUUGCAAGCGCAACUCCAAGCCGGACAACAAACCCAAACGACUCAACAAGUUAUGCAGGCAAGAUCAACUCCCUCGCCCCAGCAACAACAAAUCCACUCGACAAAUCCGCAAAUUAAUGCAUUAGUGACGAGCUUCAUCAACACCGAAAAUCAACUGAAGCAGCAAAAACAGGCUCAGGCUCAAGCACAAGCUCAGGCCCAAGCCCAAGCACAGGCUCAAGCUCAACAGCAGCAGCAACAACAACAACAGCAAAAUUUGACUGCGGCACAAAAAUCGAGUAACGCUGCGAUAAUCAGUUUACUCAAUAGUGGUCCCGCGCCAAUGACGAGCUCAGCAGUUGGCACGCCAGGAUGCGGCAUCACGCUCUCAUCUCCGCAGGAUGGCAUGAAAAAUCAACAAGUGCGAAAAGCGGUUUUGCAGCAAGGAGGACAACAAGGACAAGGACAGAGAAUUCUAAACCACACGAAUCUCAUUGCCGUGAGUCCCUCGAUGCAGCAACAAAUGCAACAAGUAAUCGGACAGCAAAGUACGGGUGAUAAUAUGCAACAGCAACAACAACAGCAGCAGCAAGUGCGUGUCACGAUGUCUGCAUUAGCGACUCAAUUGGCGUCGCCGCCUGCCAUUAUCAGCACGUCAAAUCUGCAGCAGCAGAAUUUCCAGUUCCAAGGCCAGCAGACAGCAACGUUGAUCAGUACGGGCGGCAAUAACGGAAAUGCGACGCUGAAGCAACAACCGAACACGCCACUCAUUCUCAAUAGUACAAAUACGGCGCGCCUGCUGAAUGCGCAGCAGCAACAACAGUUGCGACAGGGAAUUGCUUCGCCCGGUAGCGAUGUCUCCAAUACCUCGUCCAACAAUUCCGCCUCCACAAAUAACAUUGGUUUCACGAUGACGAAUUUAGGUGCCCUUUUGACGACAACUACGCCAUCGCCGUUGUCGGGCGACAUGUUAGCUGCGAAUGCGUCGCCCGGCGGCCAACAAGCGCCGCAACAAAAUACCACAAAUGCAGCACUCAUUGAAAGACUGACCUCAAACACGAAUGUCGCCGGCAUGCAGCAGCAGCAGCAACAACAGCAACAGGUUGUGCAGCAGAAAAUGACGCCGUCACAGAGCCCGGGGCCCGGGCAAUCGCCAUCGAUGCAAUUCACUGCCCCCUCGCCGAAGCAAAUUCAGCAGAUUCAGGUGCAAUCGCCCGCGCCCAGCAUUUCGCCGCUGUCUAGUCCGCCGCCGCAACAGCAAACGCUCAGCUUGCAAGGCAUCAACUUGGCAAACUUACAAGGUGCAAUUCAGACGAUUCCCGGACUGCAAAAUGUUCAGGUACAAAUACCUGGAAUUGGACAAACUGUCGUAUUUACCACUAAUGCUCAAAACUACACAACACUUCCUUUGGCACAAAUCAUGCCUUCCGGUGUUAAAGGGAUCAACCAACAACAGAUACGCGGUGUCACAACGGGCCAAAAUAUUCCAACGUCUGCCUCAAUUCAACUCCUAGGCAUCCAAAAGCCUCGAAAUAUUCCGACGCAAGUACAAUUUGCGGGCAGAGGAAUUGUCGCUCCGCAACGAGGCACUGUAAAGAUCGCAACACCCAUUUCAGCUGCCUCAAAUCCGCAACAAGCGCAGCAAGCAAACACAAUUAACGUGACACAGUUGACUGGCACAUCGGCGGCCUUACUUUCACCCCAACAACCAACGGCGGUAAUUGCUACAAUGUCGCCCUCAUCCAACAACAACACCAUCAAUCAAGGUAACAUUAAUAAAAAUAAUCGACGACGCUCUGUGGCAGACGGAAAUGCCAACAAAUAAAAAUCGGAGAUCUGUUCUUUAUAUAUUUUACAAUUUUUUUUGAAAAACCGAUCGGAGAUUUAAUUUUUCAUAUAUGUACUUUUGAGCGUUUAUCGUAUUUAUUUUCUGAAUGCUGUAAAGCGAACAAAAGAACCGAAUUAUAAAUUAAUUGUUAAAUUUUUUAAUAUUUAUAUGUGGAGAAUUUUAUUUUUUAAAAUAAAAUUUAUUUUUUAUGCCGGCCUAA